CACUGCAAGAGGCAGAAAGACUUCAUAGAAAGCGCUUGGAGGUCUUCCGCAACUUCAAGGACAAAGUCUUGCUCGUGAAAUGUCAGAAAAUGCCCGGACCGAUCAAACCAACCGGCAGAGGCAAAAGCAAGCAGAAGCAUGCACUCCAAGAGCAGGAUCCGAGAUGUGAACGCGAAGCACAGGCGCGCACCUUUCUUCUUACGUGGCACAAAAACAGACCCGACCGAUCCAUGUUUUUGGAGCUCACGGAAUUUCAUUGCGUGAUAGACGCAGAC